AUGAAUGGGGUCGGCGGGGAGUUGGAUGCUAAUCAGGCGCAGAUCCACUUCAGCGCCGACGUGAUUGAAGACGACCCGAUGACUUAUGGCCCGAUGAAGAAGGCACUGAUGGGAGCCUCAUUUCCAUCUUCCUCGCGUCUCUUCAACACAGUCACCGCCCAUAUUCAACGUCGGAUUCGAAGGGUCGGAUACGGUGGAGGACGGUGGAAGUGCUAG